CAGGAGACGCUCGUCCAGAAAUAAAUAGCUGUGGUUCCUAAAUCCUCACUUUCGUCGCGUUGAUAUCCUGCGCUUUCUCUCUAUAUCUUUACCUCCAUGACCAACACAUUCUUUAUUCUGCAACAGAACGUUUAUAAGGCCAAUCAUGAGCCCAUAACCGUUGAAGAAGUUGACGAGAACAAUGUUUCUUCUCCAGCCUUGCAGCGUCUUAUCGAUUCAGCUCAAGGCGUCGCCGUUGGGGUGGCAGCCACGUACCCAUUUGCCACGCUCACCAGAGCGCUCGUCGUCCACUUCUUUCACCGGAAGAAGAGGGGACGCACCCUCAUACAAGACCAAAUAUUGUGUAAUCCUGACAUCCGACUCUACGGGUACAGGAUAGACAGGAUUGCACUUGGUCUCUACCUGGACCUCUCACUUCGGAUCAAUGCCGCAGUUGACAUCCUUGCAACUAUGGACGCCUUGGGCGGCGAGCCUCUUACUCCAGAAGCAGAACAGAAGGGGCAUGCAACAACCAAUGAUGUGGCGCUCCAGGCUUGGGCAGCAUAUCGCACUGUUGCAUUUCCUUACAUGGCGUCCAGAUUUGCUCACAUACCUCGAAUCGCCACAGACACGAUGCCAGAUGUCCAUCUGAGCGCCCUCGCCAAGAUUUCUCGCGAUGCUGAAAUUUUGGAGUAUUUGAAGCCAACGAAAGUCGUCAACACCGUUAAAGAUGACUUGAGCAUCUCCAAAGCCGGUAAUCUCAAUCUCGAGUGCACUCGCUUCAGAACGCGUAUCAUGCAAAACAGAGACAAGUAUGUCAUCCACAUCGAAACGCAGAACGCAGGUCGGAAGUCAACGAUCACUGGUCGCGCACAGGACAUAGAUGGAAGACAGGCUCAUAUCAACGUCCAAGGCGCUGUGCAUACUUCGGGCAAGGUCCUCCCUGAAGCAUACAGAGAAUCUGUAUUGACCCAUCACCCAUUCUUCUGCAGUAUCUGGGCACCGUCAUUAAAGAUCUCAUGGCCGCUUCUAACCAGGGGAUGCUUCCAGCACACCAUUCCAGUGGAGCGAAUUCUUUCGCAAGCAGACAGAGAUCGUGUAUUGCUUAUUCAGGGUCCUCCUGGCACUGGCAAAACAACAGUCAUAGCAGCCAGUGUCGACAGUAUCGUCAGGACUGGGCACAAGGAUCGUACAGUUUGGCUCGUGGCACAUUCGAACGUCGCUGUCAAGAAUAUCGCAGAAAAGCUUGACAAGGCUGGCUUCCGCGAAUUCAAGCUUCUAGUAUCCAAAGACUUCCAUUAUGACUGGCAUGAACACCUCUACGAGAGACUGGAACAUUGUUUCAUACGAUCCGACAUGUUAAAAGAAGAUAUGGAUGCUGUUGACGUUGAGCUGCUUUUGCUCGACGCAUACACAGCCACAAAAACAAGAGUUAUACUUUGCACGUUGAGCAUGCUGUCCAAUCUUUGUAUCAAAGGAAUUGCACUUCAAGUCCCGGUUGAGACCGUGAUAUUCGACGAGGCAAGUCAAAUCGAAGUAGGAGACUAUUUGCCGCUGCUUCAGCGUUUCCAGCCCACCCUCCGAAAGAUGACUGUGGCGCCAUUCGGUCAAGAUGACGUCGGGAAUCUACGAAGUGUUUUUGAGUUCCCGCACCUCCGAAAGCGGGCACACUUUUUGGAUACCCAGUGUAAGCUCGUAUCUCGACUUCGUCUCUUCGUCGUUUCAACUCCAGAUCCAAGACCGUAUGCCACUCGUCAUCGGCAGCUUCAUUUCCCGUCAUGUAUACAAUCAGAAGUUGAUGACCGUGCACGCCAUCAACAGCAAGGCAGCAUGUCGUUUUUUGGAUGUCAAAAAGGGCAAGGAGGAGAAAUUGGGAAAGAGUUGGGCAAAUCCACAAGAGAUAUCCGUGGUUAUCCACCUCGCCCGGAUAUACCAUGGGCAGGGGAAGCAGUUCAGGAUUAUCACCCCGUAUGAUGGUCAGAGGUCUGCGAUAGAAAAGCAGCUUGAAUUAGCGAAGCUUCCAUGGGAAGACAAAUGCUUCAACGUGGACUCCUUUCAAG